AUAUCAUUUAUGAUUUGUUUCUUUCAUAAGGGACCAGUCACCAGAAUAAGAUAGGAGAGGCUCACAGGUGAAGACAGGUCCUGGGAGAGAGAAGGAAGGGGAGAGUAGCAGGGACAGGGAGAGAGAGGAAAUAUGUGUAUCCUUCAGGAGAGGGCUGGGUUAAACUGACACUUAAAAAGAGCUGGCUGUGAUUGUUCUGUGCCUGAAAAACAGGGGAAAGUGGGAGAGAAAAGCAGCCAGAGAGAGGAAACCACUGUACAUACAGCAGUGAGUGUGGCAUCCAUUGCAGGACGGCGCCUCUGUGAAGUUUUAUUCUGUCUUUUUCUGUCCUUCAUUCUGCAGCUGUGGUCCAUUAUGCAUUGGGCAGUGGUGCUGCUGGCUUUCAUCAGCACAAUCACAGCUCUGAAACCAGAGUGGAGCCCGGGGGAAUACCUUAUGACAGAGAUCGGGGCUGAGAUGUUUGUGAACGAGUACAACUCAACCGCUGAGGAGGUCUUCUACUUCAGCACAGAGGCCAGCUGGAACUACAACACCAACCUGACGGAACACAAUUCCAAGCUGAAGGUGUCUGCAUCUUUGGAGGAGCAGGCUUUCACAGAGGCAUGGGGUCUCAAAGCAAAGGCUACCUUCAGCGAUUUUGUUAUGGACACAUUUGUUAACCCUGAACUGAAGAAAAUCAUAAAAAAAAUCAAAGUUCUGGGACCCGCCAACCUCCCCACUGCAGAGAGAGAGAGGUAUAACACCAUUCUGAGCCAGAUGGAUAGCAUCUACUCAAUGGCAAAGGUGUGCCCCAGUCUUGAUGAAUGCUGGUCUUUGGAGCCUGAGCUUACAGAGAUCAUGGCUUCCUCAAGAAGCUAUAAGAGACUUCUGUAUGCCUGGGAAGGUUGGCACAAUGUCUCAGGAGUUCCACUCAGAGCCCUCUACCCUGAGUUUGUAGAGGUUAGCAACAAGGCAUCUAGGAUGGAUGGCUUUGAAGACACAGGCGAAUACUGGCGGUCCUGGUAUGAAUCUCCAACCUUUGAGAAAGACCUGGAGAAUCUGUUUACACAGCUGGAACCCCUUUACCAAAAUCUGCACGCUUUUGUCCGCCGCAAGCUCUUUGACUACUAUGGUCCUAAAUACAUCAACCUUAAGGGUCCUAUCCCUGCCCACCUUCUGGGAAACAUGUGGUCACAGACUUGGAACAACAUUUACAAUAUGAUGAUCCCUUUUCCUGGCAAACCCAAUGUAGAUGUGACUGACACCAUGGUUUCUCAAGGCUACAAUGUCACUCACAUGUUCCGUGUUGCCGAGGAGUUCUUCACCUCUCUGAAUUUGAAAGAGAUGCCUGAUGAGUUUUGGAACAAGUCCAUGUUGGAGAAACCUGCUGAUGGAACGGAGGUGAUCUGCCAUGCCUCUGCCUGGGACUUUUUCAACCGCAAAGAUUUCAGAAUCAAGCAAUGCACCACAGUGACUAUGGAACAGAUUUUUACUGUGCACCGUGAGAUGGGCCAUGUUCAAUAUUAUCUUCAGUACAAAGACCAGCCGGUUAGCUUCAGGGCAGGAGCCAAUCCUGGCUUCCACGAGGCCAUAGGAGAUGUUCUGUCCCUUUCUGUGUCCACACCUAAACAUCUCAACACCAUUGGCCUUCUAGACCAAGUGUCCAAUGAUGCUGAGAGCGACAUAAACUACCUAUUGAAGAUGGCUUUGGAGAAGAUUGCCUUCCUUCCUUUUGGAUACCUUAUUGAUCAGUGGCGUUGGGGUGUGUUUAGUGGACGCACACCACCUGAGCGUUACAAUGCAGAAUGGUGGUACCUCAGGACAAAGUACCAGGGAAUCUGUCCUCCAGUUAGACGUACAGAGGAACAUUUUGAUGCUGGAGCAAAAUAUCACAUUCCAGGAAAUACUCCAUACAUUAGAUACUUUGUGAGCUUCAUUCUUCAGUUCCAGUUCCAUGAGAAAUUGUGUCAGGAAGCCGGACAUAUUGGACCUCUCCACAAAUGUGACAUUUACAGAUCAACAGAGGCUGGGGCUGUUUUACAGAAGGUCUUGCAGGCUGGCUCUUCAAAGCCUUGGACAGAAGUACUACAAGAAGCUAUUGGCACUAACAAAAUGGACGCCAGCUCCUUGAUUAAAUACUUUGAGCCAGUUAUUAACUGGCUGCGGGAACAGAAUGAGAAAACAGGAGAGAUCCUGGGCUGGUCCGAUUUUAAUUGGGUACCACCAGUACCAGAGGGCUACCCUGAAGACAUUGGUAAGAUAACAGAUGAGAUUCAGGCAAAAAAGUUCUUAGAUGAAUACAACAGCACAGCUGAGGUGGUCUGGAAUGCUUACACUGAGGCCUCCUGGAGCUACAGCACUAACAUCACCGAGGCCAACAAGGAGAUCAUGCUUGAAAAGAACUUGGAGAUGGCCAGUCACACAAAGAUAUACGGGCUCGAGGCACGUAAGUUUGACACCAGUGACUUCCAGGAUGAAUCAGUGAAGAGAAUCCUGAAUAAACUGAGCGACCUCGAGAGAGCUGCACUUCCUGAAGAACAACUCAUAGAGUACAACAAUUUACUAGCAUCCAUGGAGACCCUUUACAGUGUAGCGACAGUCUGCAAGGAUGAAUCAAACCACCUGCCUUUGGAUCCAGAUCUGAAUAAGAUCAUGGCUGAGUCCAGGGACUAUGAUGAGCUGCUGUUUGCCUGGCAAGGUUGGCGUAAUGCCUCGGGCAGAGAGCUCCGCAACAGCUACAAGAGAUAUGUGGUGCUCGCAAACUUAGCUGCACAGAGCAACGGUCACGCAGAUAAUGGGGCAUUCUGGCGUUCUCUAUAUGAGACCCCCACGUUUGAACAGGAUCUGGAAGCCUUGUGGAAAGAUCUAGAGCCACUCUACCUCAACAUUCAUGCCUAUGUGCGCAGAUUCCUGUACAAGAAAUAUGGACCCAAACAUAUCAACCUUAAAGGACCAAUUCCAGCUCAUCUACUUGGAAACAUGUGGGCCCAAACAUGGUCUAACAUCAUGGAUCUUGUCAUUCCUUAUCCUGAUGCCACACAAGUAGAUGCCACACCAGCCAUGGUUGCUCAAGGUUGGGAGCCCAAGCGAAUGUUCGAGGAAUCAGACCAAUUCUUUAACUCUCUGGGACUUAAACCUAUGCCUGAAGAGUUCUGGAACAAAUCUAUGCUAGAAAAACCAACAGAUGGCCGUGAAGUUGUGUGCCAUGCAUCGGCAUGGGACUUCUACAACCGCAAAGACUUCAGGAUCAAGCAGUGCACAGUGGUGACCAUGGAUGACCUCAUCACCGUGCACCAUGAGAUGGGCCAUGUUCAGUACUUCCUGCAGUACAAGGAUCAACCCCUCUCCUUCCGCGAUGGCGCCAACCCUGGAUUCCAUGAGGCCAUUGGUGAUGUAUUGGCCCUGUCAGUGUCCACACCUAAACAUCUUCAGAGCAUCGGCCUGCUCGACAAGGUGGAGGACAACAAAGAGAGCACUAUCAACUUCCUUAUGAGCAUUGCCUUGGAUAAGAUUGCCUUCCUACCUUUCGGCUAUCUGAUGGACCAGUGGAGGUGGAAAGUAUUUGAUGGCCGGAUCUCAAGCUCAGAAUACAACAAAGAGUGGUGGAACCUGAGAAUGAAGUACCAGGGAUUGUGUCCACCUGUACCCCGCACUGAAGAAGACUUUGACCCUGGUGCAAAGUUCCACAUCCCAGCUAAUGUGCCAUAUGUCAGGUACUUUGUGAGUUUUGUAAUCCAGUUCCAGUUCCACAAGGCCCUGUGUGAAGCCGCCGGUCAGCCAGCACCACUCCACAACUGUGACAUCUACAAGUCCAAAGAAGCGGGGACGCUCCUGGGCGAUGCAAUGAAGAUGGGCUUCAGUAAACCCUGGCCAGAGGCAAUGGCUAUGAUUACUGGCCAACCCAAAAUGUCUGUCCAGCCACUAAUGGAGUACUUCCAACCACUCAUUGAAUGGCUGGAACAGGAGAACAAAAAGAAUGGUGACAUCCUGGGAUGGCCAGAGUAUGACUGGACACCAUACAAAAUUCUUGCAGUUACUACAGAACCAGAAGAGAAUCCCAAAACAGUCAGCUUCCUGGGCUUGAACGUGGAUGAGGCAGGAGCUGUAGCUGGUCAGUGGAUCCUCUUGGUUCUGAGUCUCAUCUUCCUGCUCGGUAUCAUUUUUCUGGCUUACAAAUACAGCAAGACUAAACGCUUGCAGGACAAAUCCAUGUACCAGAUGGAGCUCAAGUAAAAAUCUUAAAAAACUAUACAUUCUUUUCUUACCAUACUGUCAUUAAAUUAGUUGGUUUUUGACAGUAAAAUUUUUUUAAUUUAUUUAUUAUUUUUUUAAAAUCACCUCUUUUUGAAUAUAAUGUUUACUUAUUAUUUUUGGUCAAAUUUGUUUGACUGUGCAAUUAAUGGUGACUGUUGUAAUUUAUUUGUUAAAAAAAAAAAUUUGUUUCGAAGGUGUUGAAUUCUUAACUUGGUGUGCAUAUCUGAUUUAUGUCUUUACUGGAAAACUUUUGUCUUAAUAGAAUAUAAACAAAUGUACAGAUGUUCUGGCUUUGUUUGUUGUCUAAGAUCAGAGAUAUUUCAUAAAAACUUACAAUCAGCAGCCUUCUGUUUCUACAAAACAUUUAAAUAACAGUAUAGUAUAAAACAAGACCUUGAAGACCAUGUUGCUUUUUUCUCUCUGUGGACAUACAGUAUAUUUUCAUCACUUCAUCCCAGAACAGAGGACUGAGAUACAUAAGCACUCGGAUGUAGUUUUAUUUGCUCAAAGUAAUGAAGUCUAGUGGUUUCACCCUAUCAGCUCUAGUUUCCAACGCUAUACCAUCUACACAUGCAUCGUUAUAUCCACUAUCCAACUCAACUGAAAAAUCAACCGAUGUUGGCUUCUCUUUGACAAUACUGUUUAAGUAAU